UCCCUUCCUUUUACGUGGACCUCCGUAGCCAUAUUUCAUUUUCUCAAACACAUAUACAAAUAUCCUUAGGCUUUGUCUUCACUUCUUCUUCUUCUUCUUCUUCUUUCUGUCUCUAUCUGUUUAAAUGAAGGAAGAUUCAUCAAUCGUACGGAUUGAUAGGAAAACAUCAAUAGAAAGUGAGCCAAGAACGCUGGGGUUCGAUCAAAUUCAGUUUGCAAGGGAGGCAGCUAGGUAUGUGUUGAAAACAAAGAAUAUAGAAGAAGCAAUGCGCAUUUUCACAGAGGGUUUGGUGCCAGUGGUGAGUUCGAUUAACCAAAAUGGUGACGAAAUGAUGGAUUCGUUUGAGGAUCUUGAGUACUCAGAAGAUAAUUAUAUAAGACCACAGGGGCCGAGGGACUGUGUCUCAGCGCCUUUUUAAUUUAGCUGCCUUUGUGAUAAUUUGAUUGCUGUGUUCUGAAUGUUAAAAAUAUUGUACAGGAUGGAUCUUUUUUUUAUUCGCUCCAUCAGUCUCUGUAUAAUUUGUGUCUCAUGAAUUGAGAUCGGAUCUUGUCUUGUCUCCUAAAUCGAAUUUGAUUUGCUUUGUCUUGUAAAUUUAUCUCUUGCGCAUCAUUUUCCUAUCACGUUUCUAUUUGUGGGGACGCUAGCUGCGUUAUUUUCUAUCAGCUUAAAUUUUGAACCAGUAAUUGUUUAAAAUAAUC